CUCAUUGGCCGCGCCCGUCACGCGGGUCUUGGUACCCACUGGGUUUCUUUCUCUGAACCCUGCAGCGGCGGUCCCCGCCUCAGCUCGGGCGGCUGUAACCGGUUUGGGGCAGGAAGCGGCUCAGUCAUCACAGGGCUCCUGCUUGAGCGGUGGGUGAGAGGGAGGACGGCAGAAAGGGGGAAAUACAAAGGAAGCGUCGCCCUUACCUCGGGCGGGGGAAGGAACCGUCGCCGUCCAUCAACCCCCCUGCCGACGACCUUCUCCGCCUCCAGUAGACUGGAUACAGCAGCCAUUAAGCAUCAUUCACAAGUAUGGCUCAUUGUCAAGUUACCUUUGCAGUAAGAGGAGAAUCUCCUCCAGGAGUGGUUUUAGCCAUAUGUGGAAACUGCAAAGCUCUGGGAAACUGGGAUCCACAAUGUGCAGUAAUCCUUCAACCUGAAGAUGAGGCUGGUGAUGCCCUGGUCUGGAAAGCUACUGUUGACCUCCCUAAAGGAGAUGACAUUGUAUAUCGGUACUUUCGGGGGAUCUUUUUACAUCCUCAGAAAACCGAUGGUCCUUGCCAAGUCAUAAUUCACAAGUGGGAGACUCAUCUACAUCCACGAUCAAUAACCCCUUUAGAGGAUAUGUCUCUGGAUGAUGGAUACUUUGGGAUCUAUGAUAAAGUGGAAAGAGUCGAUUCUGGGUGGCUGACGUGUCAGACAGAAAUACGACUGCGCCUGCAUUUUUCUGAAAAGCCACCUGUAUCUAUAUCUAAGAAAAAAUUUAAGAAGUCUAGAUUUAGGGUGAAACUCACUCUGGAAGGCUUGGAGGAGGAGGGGGAAGAUGACGAUGACGGUGAUGACAGAUUGUCUCCUACAAUUCAGCAGAAAAUGGCAAACACACUAGGGAUCUCCGCAAUAAGUGACACUAUAUCCCAGUUUCGGCAGUCUCAGCCAGAAUGUGGCUAUGCCUUACGGCCUGACCGGUGGACAGAAUACAGCAUCCUUACCAUGGAGCCAGACAAUCUGGAAUUAAUCUUUGAUUUUUUUGAGGAGGAUCUUAGUGAAACAGUGAUACAAGGAGAUGCACUUCCAGGCCAUGUGGGCUCUGCGUGUUUGCUGUCCUCCACAAUUGCAGAACUGGGAAAGAGCUGUGGUAUUCUCACGCUUCCUAUCAUGAGCAGAAUUUCACGAAAAACCAUCGGAAAAGUUAGAGUCAGCUAUAUAGUUAUUAAGCCAAUUCAGGGAUACAAGUGUGAUAUGCGAGUUUCAUUUAGCAAAUACUGGAAACCAAGAGGAGGGCUAGACGUUGGACAUCGAGGUGCGGGAAACUCUACAACUACCACCAAGCUUGCUAAACUUCGAGAGAAUACAGUUGCUUCUUUAAAGAGUGCAGCUAGACAUGGAGCAGCCCUUGUGGAGUUUGAUGUACAUCUUUCUAAGGAUCAAGUUCCCAUCAUAUAUCAUGAUCUUACUUGCUGUAUGGCCAUGAAAAAGAAAGAUGAAUCUGAGUCAUUGGAGCUGUUUGAGAUUCCGGUGAAAGAGCUGACAUUUGCCCAGCUGGAGUUACUAAAGCUGGCGCAUGUGACAGCCUUGAAAUCUAAAGACAGCCAAGAGUCAUUUAAAGAAGACCAAAAUGCUCCUUCUGAUAUGCAGCCUUUCCCCUCUCUCCAAACGAUAUUAGAAGCUAUUCCUGAAGAUGUUGGGUUUAAUAUAGAAAUAAAAUGGAUCUGUCAGCAAAGGGAUGGGGUAUGGGAUGGUAAUCUUUCAACCUACUUCGACAUGAAUGUCUACCUAGAUAUAAUUUUGAAAACUGUUCUAAUGAAGGCCGGAAGGAGAAGGAUUAUAUUUUCUUCAUUUGAUGCAGACAUAUGUUCAAUGGUGAGGCAGAAACAAAACAAAUAUCCUAUAUUGUUUCUAACUCAAGGAAAAUGUAAAAGUUAUCCAGAACUGAUGGAUCUCAGAUGUCGUACAACAUCAAUUGCUAUGAACUUUGCACAAUAUGAAAAUAUCCUGGGAAUCAAUGCGCAUGCAGAAGAGUUGCUGAAGAAUCCAUCAAUUAUUAAUGAGGCAGUUUCGAAAGGCUUGGUUGUCUUCUGCUGGGGCGAUGAGGCAAAUGACUCGGAGAACAGGAAAAAGCUGAGGGGAUUUGGUGUUCAUGGUCUGGUAUAUGACAGGAUUUAUGACUCGAUGCCUGAACAGCCAAAUAUAUUCCAGACCGAGCAGCUAGAACGACUGAAGCAGGAGGUACCAGAGCUGAAAAGCUGUGUUUGUCCCACUGUUAGCCACUUCAGUAAAAUAGGUCUAUGUAGAUGUCGCACUAGCUCUUUAAAAGCAAGAAUGGCAGAAAGCACUGAGAGUUUCUAGCAUCUCCCUGCUGAACAGGGAAUGUGCUUGAGGUGCACAUUUGCAGUUCUUUCCAAUGAAACCAAGCUACUAAUGCCUUUGCCUGUUCAUGUCUCCUGAUGAAGCAAUAACAUGUGGUUCACAGUAAUAUAUUAAAGAGUUGUUGCUGGAUUGUCAAAUCAUGCUAAGAUGCUUGGUCAGUGGUAAAGAUUGUUUCUUCUUCUUAUAUAGUCAGAACUGAUCAAUUUUAAGAUGAAAUCUGUGUACUGUAACAUACAAUCUGGUUUCUGAGCAAUCCAAAGUGCAAUACCUGCAUGUUGCUAGGAUCUGAGCUGCCAAAUGUCUUUGUAUAAAUGAAUUAACUCCAAGACUAGUCUGAUUUAAAUUAGCAAUGAAAACCGUACUGUAUAAAACUUGGCUUGCAGUAAGACGACCUCCAACGCAUGCAUUUGCACUGAUGCAUGCAUCUAUGCAUAUGUGUGCCAUCACAUUGCACAACUGCAGUUAAGUAUCUCUUUUUCCAUUGCCUUCAGGUUACUGCUAUCUCUGUGUGAGUGUGUGUUGGUUGUGGGGUUUGUGCUCUUUCUGUUUUCCCAGUGUACACUGCAAUGAAUGAUGUAAUGGCUGUGUUAUUAGCCUACAGGUGAAAAGUUCCUUUUCUUCCCUGUGUUUUUGUAUCCAGAUUUUGCUGAAGCAUUGAAGAUUGUAAAAUCACUAUAUACCAGAUUGCCAGCAUCAGACCAUAGGGUUAAAAAAAAAGUAUCAUUGUACUUAAUGGAGCAGAUGCGCAGGAUGUGAGCCAGUAAGUACUAAGCAUGAAGCGCAUUCUGCAGCAGUCCUUGUGCACUUGUGGUGCUAAUAAGAUGCAAGGGCAGUAAGGGCUGAAUAAAAAUGCUGAGUUUGCUGCUGGAAAACCUUAGGUUUUUGUGUGUAGGUGGUUAAAAUGAGGCUUGGACAUCUUAUUAUCUUCGUCUGGCCACUAAUAGAUAUGUGUGCGUUGAAAGCUAGAUUUGAUUCUUAUACAGGUAAUAGGCUUUCAAACUUUAUGGCCGCUGUACACUAUAACUUAUUCAAAAAUUAUGGUAUAGAGUAUCUUGUCACAUGUGUUCAAAAGCCCACAUCCCCUCCCCCUGCAAUAGCAGUUGAAGCUUGAUAAUCUGUAACUUUUCACGAAGUGUUAAGUGCAUGUAAUGUAAAUUCAAAAAAAGUAUUUUUCCUGCCUAUGGCAAAUUAUCCAGUUGAAACAAUACACUUGUAUGAUAUGAACCUUGUCACUGCAGUACAAAACUGAUUAUUUAAGGGUUCAAUAAAAGCAAGUAUGUACCUGUG